UCAAAAAUGUGAUCUAGCCUAACAUUGAGGCCUCACCUUUAACUUUAGAAAGCCCAGUGUCCUUCACCACCACCACCUCCCCUUCCUUCUGAGAAAUUUGUCUUCAGCAGAGUAGUGGCAGUGUUAAUUGCUACUCCCCAGCUGCUAAUUUUUCCAAAUCAUUUCCUGUCAUGUAAUGUCACACCCCUGUACGUCAAACCUGUGUUGGAUCAGGCCCGUGGAGUGGCCCCAUACCACUCAUCUGGCCUGUGGGAAUGAAAAGUUGAGCGCAACUGCCAUAAAUCAAUCUGCUGUUCCCCUCUUGAGAGAGCUUGCCUUUGGGGCCUACUAAUGUUGAGUCCUCCUUCCCUUCUCUUUUUCUGGGGGGAGCACCCAAUGGGCCCUUUGCCUUUGGGACCAUAGAGGAAGCUGGGGAUGAUGCUCACCACACUCUUAUUCAUGGACCUGUUGCUUUGGCAUGGGGAAGAAGCAGAACAGUGAGAAAUGGUUGUCUCAUGCAUUCUGCUUAAUGCAAAGUUUUACACCCACAGGCCAUGUCCAGAUGAGCGCAGUCAUGUGGUAUGUGGUGCCUUGCACUGCACAUUCACACAUUCCCCGCACUGCUACCUUCCAGUGCGCGGCAGGGGGGUUGACCCCAGGAUAUCCCGGGGUCAAAAAAGAAAACCCAUGUGAGGGGGGAGAAAAAGCUGGGCGGUGCAUAUGGCAGCAGCACACGCUGCCCAAAACUGGAGCCUUGCUCUGGCUGCCGGCCAGGCUCUCAUCUGCAGGAGCACCACGGCUGCAGCUUCCCCAGGCCCCCAGGUAAGGCUGCCCCCUGCUGAGAGAACCUGCUGUGCGCCAGAGAGCGCGUGGCACCGGCAUUCACCUGGGUCAACCAGCAGCAGCACAAGGUGUCCCGUUGCUAGUUCUCUCCAGGGAACCAAACAUCAACACUCAUCUGGAUGUGGCCAUGGUGUCCUCUCUUAUUAUCCAGCACGUGGCACGUGAAAGUGCUUGGAUGAGGGGGUGGGUGAAUUUGUGUGUGGAAUAUUUAAAAAAAAGAAAAGAAAAAGGCAAGGCCUAGGGAGAAGCGCCUCCAUAGGAUGGGCAUACUUUUGUGCAUUGUGAGGAGAAGAUGGUGUUUGUCAUGCCAGCAGAGGUGUGAUGGUGGGUUUUUGCCAGGACCCAAGAGAUGCCAGUGUGUGAUGGGAUGUUCUAGGCUGGAUGUCAGACAAGGCAGCCUCUGCAUAACCAUGUGAAGGGGACCCUGGAGUAGGUCCUUGUGUCUCAUGAAUGGUUGGGCUGAUGCUACCGCCUUCCUCCCCCUGCCCCAAGCAUCCUAGAGCGCUGGCCCCUGGCUAUAGCCCGUGAGCACUGUGCUGCCUGCAAGAUCCUCCGUUGUUGCUCAAAGCCGAGAAAUUAAAACUGAAGUUGACAGGAAGUGGGAAAUUCAGUGUCGCCUGUAGUGCAUGGUGGCUCAUCAUCCCUGUGGCCUGUGGGCAGGAGACCAUUGUUUUUAAUUUGCAGCUACACUUCUGGGCCACCUGUGGUGGGGGCGCUAUGGUGCCAGGCCUGCAAGCUGCUCCUGCUCUGGCAUGAGGGGGAGGGCAGCCUGGUGCCUCAGUACCCCUCCUGUCUAGGGGUGAGGUGCCAGUGUGGGGAGGGGAGGCAGUUUUCUCUCAGCCUGUUCUAGUUUUCCCUGUGGCAGCGCUGUCCCAGGCUCCUCUUUGCUGUCUCGGAUCCUACCUUCUGUGAAGCGGUGGUUUAGGUGGCCGUGUGGCACGGUCAGUGUUUGGGGCCAGCAGCAACUGUGAAGGGGACAAGCUGCUUGGUGUUUGCACAGCACAUACCUGGGAACAACCUACCUGUUUCCCUUCAGGCUGUAGCCCAGCCCUGUUCCCAUGUUUCUUUCUCCUCCCUACCGCCCUGCAGCUGUGCGGUGCCCGCAUGCAGGGGAAGAAGCUCUGUGUGGGCAGCGCAGGCUGCGGUGGUGAUGCUGCACGUGGGUGUAGUUAAAAUGAUGUGCAUGACUCAAAUUCAGCUGAACGUCAUCCAUUUUUCUUGAGGUUUUAAGGACCAGAGCAGCCUUUGCAGUUCACAUGACAGCAAUUCCCAGUUCCUCAUGUGCUGUGCUUUUUGCAGUCUCUCAUAUUUCAUGCCUUUUCUUCAUAUCCACAACAUCCACAGAACACUGUUGUACCUAAUCUCAUCUUAAAAUAACUGUAUUUUUUUUCUUCUCUAGAUCCACAGGUAUUACAGAGGGUUUUCCACUGUACAGCUUUACCCUCUGACAAGCCCACAGAUUCUGUCCUUGGAGCCAACAGCUGACCCUAGUUUUUUUGGAGAAUUUAAGUAGUGUCCCAAUUUGGCAGUCUGCACAGGGUGCAUUUCAUUGUCUACAGCAGCAUCAUCAAACUGGUUUGGGCCCCUGGACCAGAUGUGGACUGCAGGACUCUGCUGUAAAGGCAGUGGUGGAGCAAGCAGCAUCAGGGAGGUACAGGGGUUAAUGCAGCUGUUGCUCAUCCUCCGCUGCCAAAACACAUCCCCAACUAAGCUCCAUGCCCCAGAGUUUGGUGACAGGCCCUGCUCCCAAAUUUCCAAUCCAUCUAAAAACCCUGCGGGUCAGAUCCUACCUUUGGGCCAUAUAUAUUACGUGUCUGGUCUAGGAGAUCUGUAAGGUAGCAACCUUAAAUAUAUGUACAAAAGUACUCCAAAUUUUAGUGUAAACUUCAUUACAGCAAGUGCUACUUGCUGUAAUGUCUUAAUAAAAAUAAAUACAUUAGUGUUCAGAAUAGAUCACUUCUCUUUAUCCUAUUAAGCCUGUUGACAUUUCUGUGAAAAUCAGACUAUAACAUUAGUGGACCUGGAUGCAUAUUUGAAUAGAGAAAAGGCACUUCUAGAGCAGGCUUACUCUAAGCCCAUAACUGCCUGGUCUGACUACCUUAAGCUACCAGGUAGCUAAAAGCUGAAGAUCCAGUAGAGCUUUUGUGAUCUGAAUACUUGAAAGUUAUUUCCUCUUUAUGUUGUUCUGGUUAUAUAUAAUGUAUUGGUAUAAUAUAUUUGUGGAUAAUAUAAACCAAAUGAAGAGUAUAAACACCUUCUCCUAUGGGGCUUGCAAACACCUAUCAUUGUCUUGAAAAAUGUAUGCAUGUUCUUAACUUCAGUUAAAUGUAAGUGAUUCAUUUCCCUGGCAUUUAGUUUAAGAUGCAUCCUCUUUUUUCCCAGACCUAAGGAAAUCCAUUUUGUAUAGAAAAGCUUACCUAAUAUCUCUCCCAACUGUAUUUGGUCCAGCAAAAGAUUUACUAACUAACCUUGCUAUUACUCAAAAACAUACUUUAUGCUCGUGCUUAAUAUUAUGUGUAAGAUCAGUCUCUAAAUUAGGCAACAUAUAGGAAAUGAGAACAGAGCAGGAUAUUGAUUAAUAUUUGUUCAUUCGAUGUUGAGUUUCAUUUGGUAUGAAACUUGUGACUGAUUAUUACUGGCUCUUCAAAUUAGUCAUGGCCUAGUUAUUGCGAAGAAAUACUGUGAUUUUUUUUUUUGUAUAAUGGUUGUAACUAUUAGUCACAAUCUUCUGCUUUAGAGCCUUUCUAGUCUCUCCAGGUUUUAAAAAUAGGUUUAUUAUUAGCUGAUAAUUUAUAUUAACAGUGUAAUAUAACACUUGAAUUCUUUGAAUGCAAGAGACUUUCCAUUUUAAAGGCUAUUUAAACAAAAAUCUUUCUAAAGGAACUGCAUUGGUUAUAUAGCGUGAUUGAAGGUGGCAGUAUUUUGCUUUAGUUUCCUAGUUUAAUUUUUAGGGGCAUGAUGUACUUGUUAUAUGUAUUUCUAUCCUUACUUUUAUUAUUAUAGCAUUCCUGAUGUCCACUGCCAGUUCUCUCACUGAUGAUUUAUAGUCAUUUACCUUUUAAUAGGCGAGCAAAAAACUUCCCUAGAAGAUGAAUCCAGAACUUCUGAAAAUGAAGGAGGUUGCCCUUAUUUACCUUGAUAGGAGUGGUGGCCUUCAGAAGUUGGUGGAUGAUUGCAAACACUACAAUGGUACCGUGGAUUCAGUAAUUUUUUCUAUGCAUAUUGAUAAACUAAGCAAACAUUAUUUUAAAUUCAUGUGCUCUGAGAGACUUCUCUGUUCUUCUACAGACUCAAAGCAAAGUUAUGCUGUUUAUCGAUUCAUAAUUUCAGUAAACCCUUCUGACAUUACUGAAUUGGAUGCAGCUCUUGGAAAUCAAAUUUUGCAUGAACCCCUAAAAGCUGCACAGAUUUUUCAGUCAAUUAGCAUAGUGCUGAAACCAACACACUUACCUUCUCUGCCAAGUUAUGUCCUCAGUCUUUGUGAGUUUCCAUUCAAUUACAUGUCUCAGAGAUUUUACGUGUCGGAGGGAAUAGUGAUUGCAAUGGGAAUGGUAACAAAAUAUACUCAAGGAGCAAGAUUCCUUUGCUCGGAAGACAGCUGUCCGUUUUCUGAAGGAUUUAAAUAUAUAAGAGUACAUCUACCUGGAGCUACAGAGUCUGCCACAGUGAGGAAUGAUUUUGUGUGCAGCUUGUGCACCUCACCACUGCAUGAGGACAUGAAAUUUAGAGUACUUGGUGAUAAACAGUUGGUUGAAAUGAUUGAUGCAAAGGUUCUUAGAGCUUUUCAAACAUACUUCAACAAUAAGCCACAUUUCAGGAUUCAGUCUUUUACAGUUUUUCUAAGAGAUGAAUUGUCCAACAAAGUAAAAAUAGGAAACAGAUACAGGUUUAUAGGAAUUCCAGCUUGCAUACAAAAUGGCCCACAAACUACAGUAUGUUUAGAGGUCAACAGUAUACAGCUCUAUACUCCCAAAGAUCCUUCUCAUAUCAGUGACAAUUUUAAGUACCUGCUUUCACUGACUUCAAAUUCAUGCUGGAGGUUUUCAGCCAUACUUGCCAAUAUAUUUGCUUCUCAAGUUGUUCCACCAGGCACUUACAAUACUCUCAAGCUGUCUAUGUUGCUGAGUCUAGUACAGACAUGUGAUGAAGAUACUGAGACAGCAGGUUAUCUGGAUCUUUUGAUUGCAACAAGUGACACUCUAAUAGUAGACAGGCUUUUGAAUUAUAGCAUUUGCCUUGUGCCUCGGGGCAUACGACACCCACCAUCUAGCAACAUUUUUCCUACUGUGUGUAAAGAUAAGCAUGGAACUGGAACUGCUAGUAUUCAGGCUUGCAGUGCUUUGCUGGCUAAAGGCGGUGUAUGCUUCAUCGGAGAACUGUCUUCAUACAAGAAAGAUAAACUUGAACUUCUGCAGUCAGUGCUGGAGAGCAGAACAAGUACAAUAUUCAUUCCUGGAAAGAAAUAUGGAGAAGAUGCUGACCAACAAGUUACUCUUCCAAUUCAGACCAGCUUCUGGUCUUUUGUCGAUGUGGAUUCUUCCUCAAAAAAGCAUAUUCAAAAGGAUAACUCUCUUAUUGGCCAGAUGGACUUGAGUUUCAUUUCAGCUAACCUUAUAGAUGCUUUUGGACUUUUGAUAUACUGCAGUGAAUUAAACUCUUGCCAACUAGCCCUUCCUCUUAUGCAUCACAUCUUGAAGAAAGCCAUUGAUCCAGAAGAAGCCCUUUAUACAGUUUCCGAGGAAUUCAGAACACAAGAUUAUGAAGAGUUAAUUGCGUUUGCUAAGAAUUUGCAAGUAGAACUUGGUCCAGAAGCAGAGAAACUGAUUCAUGGCUACUACCUAGCAAGUCGCAGAGUCAGGACAGAUUCUAUUCAUGGAUCAACGCUAUCAGCAUCUGCGCUGAAAAUCUUGUAGGUUUUAAUUUUCCUAUUAAAUUGCUUACUUCUUCCACGUCUUAAAGGGGGAUGACACUUCAUGAAACUCAGUGUUUCAACUGAUAAAAACCUGGCAAUCUUUGGAUACAAAACUUUGUUUUCAUAGCAAGUAUGCUAGUUCAUAUUUAUAAUUCAGGAAUAUUCAUUUGUUCUACUUCUGUCAAAAUUAGUGGUUGAGAACCAUUUAAACGUCUGUUCAAACUUACCAUAUUUUCUUGCAAAUAGUGUGCCCCUGUAUAUGGAACGCCUCUUGAUUUUUGAAGGGAAGCCUGAAGAAAGGGAAGCUUUUUGACUGAGAUAACAGGCAGUACCUAGGGAGCUGAGCCUGCCCACCACCCUGCUACCAGCCUCACAUUCUAGAUGGGGUCUGGAAACCAACCCAGUACACUGGUCCAGCUCAAGCCACGUGCCAGGUCUGACCCCAGGCAUGGGCUCUAGUGCAUUGAGUCCAGGCCUGACCUGGCACAUGGCCUAAGCCAGUGCACUCCUGGACUCAGCACAUGGCCCCAGGUCCAGCACACAGGGCCAGACCCAGCGCAGGACUCUGAAGCCAUUGUGAGGGGUCGGAAACAGCACACCAGGUCUGGGGCACGCGCUAUGUCACACCUGAUGCAUCAGAUCUAGCCAUGGGCCAGCCCCAGGGAUGGGCACAAUCCAGUGUUUAGUUGGGGACAAGGGGCUCCCUCUGGGUCUGGAAAUUAGGCAUUAGAGAUGGGAGGUGAGGGGGAAGGAGAGCAGCGGCAACAGGAAUUGCCGUUCCAUGAGCAGCAGCAAUUAAAGCUGCCAUUGCACUACUCCUAUCCCCACCCCCAAAAUUCCAGAUCCCUUUUCUUUGCAUAUAAUGAGGACACUUUCCCCCCCAGUUGUUCUGGGGAGGGAAAACAGAGGGCAUAUGAGAGAAAACAUAGUAUUUGCUCAUUCUUCAGGGACUAAAACAAUUCUUAUUUAAGAACCAAAGGAGAUGUAAGUUCUGAUUGUUGCAGUUCCCUUAAGCUUUACCUCUCUCUACCUGAGCACUGCAGUGUAUGUUAGUUACAUAACCUGUAUUUAAAAAUGCUGUAAGACAUGUGAUGUAUAAAGAAUUUCUUCUUGACAUAUUUACCUGUGACAGCAAAUUAUUGCUUGGUGGUGUAACACACUACUCCAUAUUUGGCGGCACAUUAGAAUAAUCAAGUGGCCACGAUAACAUACAGAAAAGCAAGGUGAUCUAAGCUUUAGUGACAAUCCACACACCACAGUAAUUAGCCAUUUACUUAUUCCAUUCCAGUGUUUGAAAAAGUGAAAUAAUCCUUGCUUUAUUUUUUGUACAAUUAGCCAGCAUCAUGUCUGAUAUUGGCAUUUUUGUCUCCAAGAGUUUCACUGUCUGAAGCACAUGCAAAGUUGAGCUUGAGAAGGAAAGUACUUGAAGAAGAUGUACUGAUAGCUGUCUUGUUGCUUGAAUCCUCUCUCACAUUAAAGCAUGGUAAAAUACUUCAGCUUUAACUAACAGGUGUUUGCUGUUAACACUAUUGGGUCUAAAUGAAUUCUGUAAAAAAAAUAUUUGGAUAAUUUUUAAACAAAUAUAUGAAGAGACUGUUAAGCUGUGAGCUGUUUUUAUAUCUUGUAUUUAGAUGGUGAUAUUUCAUUUUGUUUUCAUAGCUAAGGCACUGUUUCAGUGGUAAAUGUAAAAUAGUGAAGUUGGCUUGAUACGGAGCAGAAAACAAACUGAAAUUCCAACCUGAGAAUAAAGACUGAAGAAGGUGCAGUCUUAUUUUCAGAUAGAAUUCCUCCUUUUUUCAUUACUUAACUGGGACAGUAGAUCUACCAAAGACAUUCUUGAUAUUGGUAAUACAGAUACAGGUAAAGUAACACUGCUGGACUCCAAAGCUUGAUCUCAUAACAUUUCUAUACUAAAAGCUCCACAGCAAGCCAUUUUAAAUAUAAAUCACUGUUUCUUUAGUACACCAGUAAGCUUUGCAAACUUUUGUUCAGGUGGAAAGCUGCAAGAUUUCUUCAGCUCCCAAGGACCAUUUUGAUCCAGGCUAGGGAAAAUACCCUUUUCAGCUAGGAUUUCUAGCUGUGGGUGUCAUGCCUCCAAUGAGGAGCAUGUGAACAUGAACAGUCUCCUGUGCUUGCACUGACCCUAUUAAUUAUUGAUCAGUCUCAAGAAUGUCAUGGCCUGAGUGGGUGUCUUUCCAAUACCCACCUCCAGCCCCUGCAUUUAUAAAUAGAUUGGUCUAGCCUAAUUGCAGAUUCAAACCAGAAGAGUUGAAAAGCUCAUAGCCCAUUAUUAAUCCUAAAACAAACAAAAAAAUCCAAUCUCUGGUUUCACAAAAGUUUUAGGAAUGGAGUAUACCAUGGCUGGGUUGAAGUGAUAUUGUAGUGAUAGCAUAGCUGUGAUGGUCUAGGAAAUAUGAAAGGGGCAAGGAUUUUAUUUUUUUGAGCUAUGUAAUUUAUUGGGCCAAUGACGUAGUUGGGAAGAGAUUUUAGGCAAGCUUUUGGGCACGAGGUCCUCCAGCUUGUCUAAAAAUCUCUCUCAACCAUAUAGCAGGUCUGCUAAAAGAUAUCACAAACCCUCCUCCCAAGAAAGGAUCAGAACCUUUAUUAAGUUAAUACCUUUGUUAGUGUUUCUUGCUAUGUAACCAAAAUGAACAAACUGGUAAGGAGGAUUUUCUGGCAACAAGCAUGAAAUCUAUUAACACAAUCUUCUAAUUUCAAUUCUUCCAUAUGUAGGUGCCUCCAUAUUUUGUGUUGCUCCCAACGCUGUAUUUCCAUUUGACCUCAAUGAUGAGAGCUCCC